CAUGAAUCACCUAAUUUAAAUUUCUUUUCUUCUAAAUUUAUUAAAGCUGGCUAACUAAUAGCUAUUGCUUCAGUCCUGUGACUAUUGUGCACCCUUUUUCAUGUGAACUUCUCUCAUCACCCUUCAUCAUCAUCAUCACCACCCUCUCUUGCCUGUGAUUUGCUUCAAUGUACUCUCUCUCUCUCUCUUUCUCAUCUUCAUCUUCGCCACCCUUUAUAUAUUUCAAUUCUGCUUCCUCAUCCCUUAUCCCAGUUUUUCUCUUUUAUUGCAUAUUCUUACACACUAGCUAACUUAAAGGAACACACAGAAAAACACUUAGCAAACAUCAUACAUAUUUCAUAAAAAAAAAAAAAAGCCAUGAAGAUCAGUUGUGGUUGUGUUGCUCUCUUAGUCAUUGCUCUUCUUUGUCUUCCUGCUGUAACUCCUGCAAGGCACAUUGGCAGGCCUAGAACACGCCAUGGGCAUCGCCAUUCUUCACCAAAAGAAGUGGCAAUGGAAAAUCCAAAUUUCUACAGAGAAAUAAGGGCAACAAAGAGUAGAGGACCUGACACUGUGCAGAUUGCUGGGUCAAGCUUGCCUGAUUGUUCCCAUGCAUGUGGGUCAUGCUCACCAUGCAGGCUAGUAAUGGUUGAUGAGGAUGAAGUUUAUUGGAGAUCGGAGAAGAGGAAUGAAGAGUUGGAAUGGUCUUACAAUUCCACUCACGUAAUUUCACAGCUAACUCAAUGUUUUACUACUGCUAUGGUCGGACCACGAGCAUGGUUAGCAGGGCUCUUCAAUCGCUCAGCCAAUAAACGCCCUGAGAAAUCUCUUGAGAAUUUUACUCCUUUUCAGGAAAAAAGACUUAAAAAGCUUCAAGAGCGAUUGCAGACACCAUUUGAUGAGACUCGUCCUGACCAUCAAGAAGCUCUUAGAUCAUUGUGGGACGCAGCCUUUCCAGAUGUUGCUCUGACAGGCCUGAUCUCUGAGCAAUGGAAAGAGAUGGGGUGGCAAGGUGCUAAUCCAUCAACUGACUUUAGGGGCUGUGGAUUUAUUUCUCUUGAAAACUUGCUGUUUUUUGCCAGGACUUAUCCGGUAUCCUUUCGUAGGUUAUUGUUCAAGCAGGGUGGAGAGCGAGCAACUUGGGAAUAUCCAUUUGCUGUUGCUGGCAUUAAUGUUUCAUUUAUGUUGAUCCAGAUGUUGGAUUUACAGUCAGAGAAACCAAAAUCUCUUCCAGGAAUAAAUUUUGUUAAAUUACUGGGAGAAGAUGAAACUGCUUUUGAUGUACUGUUCUGCUCAGCUUUUGAACUGAUGGAUGCUCAGUGGCUUGCUAUGCAUGCUUCUUAUAUGGAGUUUAAUGAGGUUUUGAAAGUAACAAGGGAACAAUUGGAGAGAGAGCUGUCUUUAGAAGAUGUACAUAGAAUAAAAAAUUUGCCAGCAUACAAUCUGUUGUAUCAGUAGAAUGUUAUUAUUGUAAUUGUCAUUAUUAGUUAUUAUUAUUAUUAUUACUAUCUGAACUUGAAGACAUGUUUCUCCAACUGAGAUGAUACUGUGCUGUGAAUAUCUACUCUGGAGUUGCUUAUGUAGCUGCUGAUCUGUACAAACCUUUUCCUUUUUUUGUGAGU